CGCGGGGAAGUGAUUGCCCAAAGGCGGGGGCCGGAAGAGCCCAGGUUUCCGAGUCCGCCGCCCCGCCAGCCUAGCGGGAGAGGGCCAGACGGGACGCCCGUCCGUCCCCGCCCCACGCGAGGGGUCUGGCUGCCUCUCGGCCCCGCCGGCCUCCGGGGCGGCUCUGCGCCCCCCGUCCCGGCCUCCGCCCGCCGCGGCACCGCCGUCUCCCUCCCGCGGUCUGACUGGAGUCCCCGCUGCCGCCGGGCGCCUCUGGGGCAGCUAGGGCGGGGCCCAGGCCUGGCUCUCCCGCCCCACCCGCCUUCGGGUCUCCGAUCCCCAGGCCGUGUGAGGGUUGGAAGCUGGCACCACAGAGCCUGGGUGACCCCUCCACCCACCCAUGCCCACCCCACAUGAGGCUGAGAAGCAGCACACAGAGCCAGAGGAGGCAGACAGGCCUCCCUCCAUGUCCAGCCAUGAUGCAGCCCCCCUGGCUACCCCCAGCCGAAACCCUUGCUGUUUGUGUUGGUGCUGCUGCUGCAGCUGCUCCUGGAACCAGGAGCGGCGGCGAGCAUGGCAGGCCUCAAGGGAGAGCAAGCUGCAGCCCCUGCCCAGCUGUGAAACUUGUGCCCCACCAAGCCCGGAGGAAGUGCAGAGUUGGGCACAGUCCUUUGACAAGCUGAUGCAUAGUCCAGCGGGCCGCAGUGUGUUCCGGGCAUUCUUGCGCACAGAGUUCAGUGAGGAGAACAUGCUCUUUUGGCUGGCCUGCGAGGAGCUGAAGGCAGAGGCCAACCAGCACGUGGUGGAUGAGAAGGCUCGGCUCAUCUAUGAGGACUACGUGUCCAUCCUGUCCCCCAGAGAGGUGAGCUUGGACUCGCGUGUGCGGGAGGGCAUCAACAGGAGGAUGCAGGAGCCGUCAGCGCACACAUUUGACGAUGCACAGCUGCAGAUCUACACACUCAUGCACCGAGAUUCCUAUCCUCGCUUCCUCAGCUCCCCUGCCUACCGUGCACUGCUGCUCCAAGGGGCCCCGCGGGCCCCACGGCCCUCCUCUGAGGCAUAGGCCACCUGCCUGUAGCACAGACACUCCACCUUCUCCUGGGCAGACUCAAGGCUAAUACCCAGGCCUUGGCUGGUUAGCAGAUCCAGUCAUAGUGGGCAACUGCCAUGCUUCUUAGCUCUGCCCUUGCCUGGCUCAGCAUAGAGCUCCAGCCAUAGCGGGGACUGGAAGCCUCUAGCCCGGUCUCCUGCCUGGGUGUCCUCCCGCCAGAAGCCUUAGACCUGUGCCUCACUGGAGCUGUCUUCUAGGGAGCUGUGCACUCACAACAUGCCUCAGGUGGAGACAGCCUCUAUAGCAGAAGUUAUUCCUGCCUGAGCUGUCUGUACCCCAGAACCUCAGAACCAAAUGUGGAACCUCAGAGUGAAGCUCAAGUGACAGGGCCUGAUUCUAUUUUAUAUGUUCAU